AAACUGAAACACAUUCAUACACAAGAAAAGAGCCUCACAAUCGCCAAACUGCUUUGUUUCACUUCCGAAACCUCAAAGCCCUCUUUUUCUCUUAAACUCACUCUUCCCUAUCAGACUCCUAUCUCUCUCUCUCUCUCUCUUUCCCUCUCUCUCUCUUCCAUCACAUGGAGGAUGACGACGAGUUCGGAGAUCUUUAUACGGACGUUCUUCGACCCUUUGCUUCUUCGUCCUCAACAUCAUCCACCGCUUUGCAGCCCUCACAAGCUUCUUCUUCUCCUUCAAUCGCCCCAUCUAUCCACCGUCCGAUCCAUCUCAACCUCCACGGCGGCGACUCUGCGAUCGCCAACGGAGCUUCCCAAUCCUAUCCCAAUGUUCCUCGUCCACUCACCAACCAAACCCUAGUUACCUUUCCCUCUCCCGCCGCUGAUUAUGUUCUCGAUAACAAUUCGAUCCGCCGUGGCGGGGUAGCGGACGACGAGCCCACUGGGGCUAGGUUUUUGGAGCCUGAUGGUGCUAAAUUGCGAGAGGCAGCUUUGGAGGAUGCCAACUAUGGCGGCGUUGUCGAUAAUGAUGGUUUUAGACGGCAAGUGGGUGGCAAAGAUGAGGAAUUGAUGGACAAGGAUGUCAAUUUCGAUGUUGAAGAGGGAAAUACGGGGAUUGGGGUUGGGGUUGAUGAUGAUGAGGAUGGUAUGGGUUCUGAGCCGGUGAUUCCUGGGCUCUCGAGCAGCGUACCGGUUACAGAGAACGUGGGACCUUCUAGGAGGGAUGGGAAUAGCGGUGGCGAUAAAGGUGAUGAAGAUUGGGACAGUGAUAGUGAGGACGAUUUGCAGAUAGUGUUGAAUGAUAACAACCAUGGGCCCAUGGCUAUGGAGAGAGGUGGAAUGGUGGGGGCAGAUGAUGAUGAUGAUGAAGACGACGAAGAUGGGCUUGUUAUUGUGACUGAUGGCGACCCUAACCAGGCACUGGAAGAGCAAGACUGGGGUGAGGACGGGACGCAGACAGCCGAUGGCGAGAGAAAGGAGGCUGGUGAAGGCGGCAAAGCCGGUGCCGGAGUAGCUGCGGCCCCAAAAGUUGGUUAUAGCAAUCAUGGGUAUCACCCAUUUCAUUCUCAGUUUAAGUAUGUGAGACCUGGCGCAGCACCAAUGCCUGGAGCAAGUGCAUCUGCCCCUGCAGGUGUCCAAGGUCAAAUUCGCCCACUUGUGAACAUGGGUCCUAUAGCUGGUCGAGGCAGAGGUGAAUGGCGACCAACUGGAUUGAAAAAUGCUACUGUAAUGCAGAAAAAUUUUCAUCCAGGUUUUGGGCCGGCUUGGGGCAACAAUAUGGCAGGGCGAGGUUUUGGAGGCGGACUGGACUUUACACUUCCUGCACAUAAGACUAUAUUUGAUGUUGAUAUUGAUAGUUUUGAGGAAAAACCUUGGAAAUAUCCUGGUGUUGACACAUCCGACUUUUUCAACUUUGGGUUUAAUGAGGACAGUUGGAAAGAUUAUUGCAAACAGCUGGAACAGCUUCGCUUGGAGUCCACUAUGCAAAGCAAAAUUCGUGUUUAUGAAAGUGGACGAGCUGAGCAGGAGUAUGAUCCUGAUUUGCCCCCAGAGUUAGCAGCAGCAGCAGGUAUUCAUGAUGUUCCUGCUGAAAAUGCAAAUCCUGGAAAGUCAGAUGUUGGGCAAAGUGAUUUAGCUAAAGCACCUGCUCGUAUCCGACCACCCAUACCAACUGGUAGAGCAAUACAGGUGGAAGGAGGUUAUGGUGAGCGUCUUCCUUCCAUUGAUACCCGACCACCCCGAAUUCGUGAUUCAGAUGCAAUCAUUGAGAUUGUCUUGCAGGACUCUUUAGAUGAUGAUGCCUCUGCAGGAAAUGGUAUGCCAGAUGGACCAGACAAUGAUUCUACAAGAGAGGAUCUUGGAGAAGGUAAUAUAGUUAACGAAGAGAAUGCACAGAUGGACUCUGAGUAUUUUGACAACUUUCGCGAGGCAUCUAAUGGUCGGAAGAGAGAGCCAGCUGGAGCAAGAGUUCCAUUCCUUAAUUCUGUUCAAGAUGACACACCUGAUGGAGAUGGCAUUUUAUCAUUCCCUCCUGAGGCACCAGUGCAAUAUGCUGGUUCCAGGGGCCAGACACCUGUUUACUCUGGUGGCAGCUUUGGGACUGCAAAUGAAGAAAGGCAAACAAAGGGAAAAGCACAUGACAAAUCUCCUCAUAUGACUCCUAGACAAAAUUUAAAGGAGAAAAGAUCUAAUAAUGAGGUAGAAUACUCAGUUGAAAGCUUGGAUGGCAAGCAUACUCCUUUAUCAUCAUCCCCUGCCACUGCUAGGGCUGUUCCUGAAUCGAGUGUUGAGCUCAGAGAUGCUGAUUAUGAUGAACUUCCACUGGCUGAUGGAAGCUCUGGAGUGGAGAAGGAUGAAACAACUUCAAAUACAAUAACUGCAGUUGAUACUCUUGAGGAUGGAACUAUAAAGAAACAGAAAAUAAGUUCUCGUGUUGAACAACCCAUCAUCCAAGAAUUUGAUGAUGGAGAAGACUCAAAGGCUGCAAGAAGUAGUGACAACAGCAGAGCAAGAUCAGGAAGCAGCAAGGAUUAUCAGAAGUGGCGAGAUGGGGUUGAGGAGGAAGUCAUCCAAAGGCGUUCAACACGUGUGGGGAGUUUAAAGAGGCAUCUUGAUGAAAAAGAACAGAGUUUUCAAAGGAAAAGUCGAGAUGGUAGACAAGAAUUGGAAAGAAAUCGCAUGGUAGCAAAAGGGAGGGAGGACUCAUAUCCUUAUCGAGAAAGCGAUCCUAGCUUGGUCCAUCAUUUCCAUAUGAAAACCGAUGGGUUAGAGAGGCGGAAGGAAAGGGACAACCCUGAUGGGGCUUGGCAACGGAGAGAUGAUGAUUCUUAUAACAGCAGAAGAAUUAGAACUGAAGAAACAAGAAAAAGAGAACGUGGUGAUGAAACGGGAUCCAGGCAUCGGAGUAAGGUUAGAGACAGUGACAGAAGUGACAAAGAUGAAGUUCUCCAUUCAAGAAAACAGUUGGAUAAUGGAAGCUACAGGGUUUAUUAUGAGAAGGAUGUUGGUGUGCGAAAUAGGGAAAGGGAUGAUAGUUUGAAGGCUAGGUAUGAGCAUAUGGAUGAUUACCAUGGAAAGAGAAAGAAGGAUGAGGAACAUCUGAGGAGAGACCAUAUAGACAAAGAAGAUAUCUUGCAUGGCCACAGAGAAAAUGCUGGUCGUCGAAAACGAGAAAGGGAUGAAUUUUUGGACCAGAGGAAGAGAGAUGAACAACAAAGACUUAGGGAUAAUGUUGAUGAUCACCAUUCAGUUAGGCUCAAAGAUGAGGGCAGGUUGCAGAGGGAGAGAGGUGACCGGCCGAGAGAACGAGAGGAGUGGCAUAGGAUAAAACCGUCUCAUGAAGAAAGUGUAUCCAAGCGAGAAAGAGAUGAAGGAAGAGGCGUUAUAAGGAGUGGUCGUGGUGCGGAAGACAAAGCAUGGAUUGGUCAUGCCAAGGCAAAGGAUGAAAAUAAAGCUUCUGAUAAAGAGUACCAAUACAAAGAGACAGUGCGACACAGUGAACCAUCUAAAAGAAGGGAAAGAACUGAGGAUGAAAAUUCUCAUCAUGGGGGACGUGAUGAUGGGUAUUCACGUGGAAAUCACAUGAGUAAUGAAGAGAGAAGAUCUAGACAGGAAAGGACAAGUACUCGUAAUGAGCGCGCUGUCAAUGCUUCUGAUGACCACAAGAUGCAUGACAGAAAACAUAAAGAGAACAUGAGGAGGAAUAAGGAAUCUGAAGCUGGUGAUAACAGCUAUUUUGUAUCCUCCAAGAGAAAUCAAGAAGACAAUAGUGGCCAGAGUAUUGAGCCGGGCUUGAAAGGCACCUUUGAUCAAGGGAUUGGUGAGCAUGAAAUUCCAUUGCAACAUCAUUCUUCCAGAAAGCAUAGGGAAGAUGCUUCCUCAGAUGAGGAGCAGCAGGAUUCAAGAAGAGGGCGAUCCAAAUUGGAACGCUGGACAAGCCAUAAGGAGAGGGAUUUCUCCAUCAAGAGUAAGUCGUCAUCUGCCCUAAAGUUCAAAGAUAUUGAUAGGAAUAACAGUGGGCCCAUAGAAGCUGGUAGGCUUCCAGAUGAACCUCUCAAGCCAGUUGAUACCGUUGAUAGUCAACGUCCAUUGGCUGAAGAGAGAGAUGCUGCUGAUCUGGAGGUUAAGGAUGCUGACACAAAACCAGUGGAGGAUCGGCACCUGGACACUGUUGAGAAGUUGAAGAAACGUAGUGAGCGGUUCAAGCUUCCAAUGCCAAGUGAGAAAGAUGCAUUGGCUGUUAAAAAGAUGGAGAGUGAAGCAUUGCCUUCAGCCAAAAGUGGAACUCCUGUGGAAUCCGAGAUUAAACAAGAACGUCCAGCUCGUAAAAGAAGGUGGAUUAGUAACUAAACUAAAAUAAAGGAAUUGCGUCGCAUGGGUAAAUCUCCUUAUCAUGAUUCGUUGAAGUUUGCGUGGACUGCAUGGACUGAUUCUUCACUACUAGAAUCCAGCUGGUCCAUGAUGCUAUUUGCCCUACGAUGGUUUUGUAGGGUUAUUUUGAUGGCCACAUUACCUUUGUGGUAGCUAUAUCGCUUGUAAUCAUGGUGCCACAAUAUGCAAUUAAAUUUUAUGAUGUAUAUACUGUUGAAUGUAACAUUGAUCUGGUCACUGAUGGUGGCAGAGAAUUGCUUUUAGGAAAAAUUUCAUAAUUUGUAGUUCUGAGUCCAUUUUGGGUUACCAUGAAGGUAAUCUGCCCUGGAAAAUGCAUCGAUCAGAUUUGAGUGGAAGCCAGGUCCCCAGGGAUGCAAGGCACCCAGUUGAAUACUGGCAAGCUUCAAGGAUUUUGAAGAUAUUAAGAGAAGAACUGAUGUACUACUAAAGAGAAGCUUUACCAUAUGUUUGAAGUCUAUUUCACUGCUUUUGGUGGAUGAAUUUAGAUUUUUAUAUGUUGUAUCCUGUAUUCUGAUUAUAGCGUUGAAACAUUUUUGUUUUCACUUUGAUUAUUUUUGGCAGCAAGCCUGAAAUGCAUAAGGUUAGAAAGUUCUUUUUGUA